CCCUCCGAACCUUACAUUUACAGUGUAGCAAAAGAGAAAGUAAGUAUGUUGCUGCUGGAGAUCAAUGAAGCUGAGUGAAUGGGGGCUGUCUGAGAGAGCGCAUAGCCGGAGCCCAGCGCCGGGUGGUGGAGGGCUGCGCUUAUCCAUGAAACUCCUGAGUUCCUCUUGAAUUGCCAGUUUUCAGCCUCCUCAUGCCUCCAUCUCCUUUAGACGACAGGGUAGUGGUGGCACUGUCUAGGCCCAUCCGACCUCAGGAUCUCAACCUUUGUUUAGACUCUAGCUACCUUGGCUCCACCACCCCAGGCAGCAGUAACCACCCUCCUGUCAUUGCCACCGCCGUUGUGACCCUCAAGGCUGCGAAGCUGACGUAUAUGCCCUCAUCCAGCGGCUCUGCCCGCUCCCUGAAUUGUGGAUGCAGCAGUACUAGUUGCUGUACUGUGACAACCUACGACAAGGAUCAUCAGGCCAUUGCCACCGGCACCGCUGCCACCGCCAUUGGACCCUCGACUACUUGCCCUGCUAACCAGAUGGUCAACAACGAUGAGAAUACAGGCUCUUUAAGUCCAUCAGGUGGGGUGGGCAGCCCUGUGUCAGGGACCCCCAAGCAGCUAGCCAGCAUCAAAAUCAUCUACCCCAAUGACUUGGCAAAGAAGAUGACCAAAUGCAGCAAGAGUCACCUGCCCAGCCAAGGACCUGUCAUUAUUGACUGCAGGCCCUUCAUGGAGUACAACAAGAGUCACAUCCAAGGAGCUGUCCACAUUAACUGUGCCGACAAGAUCAGCCGGCGGAGGCUGCAGCAGGGCAAGAUCACCGUCUUAGACUUGAUUUCCUGUAGGGAAGGCAAAGACUCUUUUAAGAGGAUCUUUUCCAAAGAAAUUAUAGUUUAUGAUGAGAACACCAAUGAGCCAAGUCGAGUGAUGCCAUCCCAGCCACUUCACAUAGUCCUGGAGUCCCUGAAGAGAGAAGGCAAGGAGCCUCUGGUGUUGAAAGGGGGACUCAGUAGUUUUAAACAGAACCAUGAAAACCUCUGUGAUAAUUCUCUCCAGCUCCAAGAGUGCCGGGAAGUGGGGGGCGGUGCGUCUGCUGCUUCAAGCAUGCUACCUCAGUCCGUCCCCACCACCCCCGACAUCGAGAAUGCAGAGCUGACGCCCAUCCUGCCCUUCCUGUUCCUUGGCAACGAGCAGGAUGCUCAGGACCUGGACACCAUGCAGCGGCUGAACAUUGGCUACAUCAUCAACGUCACCACUCACCUUCCUCUCUACCACUAUGAGAAAGGCCUCUUCAACUACAAGCGGCUGCCGGCCACCGACAGCAACAAGCAGAACCUGAGGCAGUACUUUGAAGAGGCGUUUGAGUUCAUUGAGGAAGCACAUCAGUGUGGGAAAGGCCUUCUCAUCCACUGCCAGGCAGGCGUGUCCCGCUCUGCUACCAUCGUCAUCGCCUACUUGAUGAAACACACUCGCAUGACCAUGACUGAUGCUUACAAAUUCGUCAAAGGCAAGCGACCAAUUAUUUCCCCCAACCUCAACUUCAUGGGGCAGUUGCUGGAAUUUGAGGAAGACCUAAACAACGGCGUGACACCACGGAUCCUCACACCAAAGCUGAUGGGUGUGGAGACGGUUGUGUGACAACUGUCAGAAUGGAAAGGGCCACCGCUCUGUUUGGAGGCGAGUGGGAAGGAAGAUGGAUUCUGUUUUUGUUUUUGUUUCUUCUGUUUUCAUUUUUUUUUUAAGUUGGGGGUAACUUUUGUGAAUGGAAACAAACUUAUCUAAAGAUGUUUAUUUUUAAUAAGCGUGCGAAGAUUAUAACUUUUGAUGCCACUGAGAUUCACGUCUCUUAAACUGUCAGUGCAGGGAGGUUAAAGAGAUCAUUUUUUUUUAAGCCAACAAAUAAAAAUAUAAUA